ACACGCACACACACACCGCCUCCCCCCCACACACACACACACACGCACACGGUGCUCAGAGCUAGAGAGGGGCUUUAAAACCGCUUCCCACCAAACGGAGACAAAGGGACUGUACGCCGCCGCCAUGGAGGAAAACAUGGAUGAAUCGCAGAGCCAGAAAGGCUGUAAGGAGUGCUGCGAGCGAUGCGUCGGCAGUCUGCCAUGGGCGUCGCUCAUCGCCACCAUCCUCCUCUACAUGGGCGUGGCCUUGUUCUGUGGGUGUGGCCACGAGGCUCUGAGCGGCACCGUCACCAUCCUGCAGAACUACUUCGAGGUGAUCCGAGCUCCGGGAGACCCGCUGGACGUCUUCAUGAUCAUCGACAUCCUGAAGUACAUCAUCUAUGGCCUCGCAGCCGGCUUCUUCGUGUUCGGCGUGCUGCUGCUGGUGGAGGGCUUCUUCACCACCGGCGCCAUCAGGGACCUCUACGGAGAGUUCAAGAUCACCGCCUGCGGGCGCUGCCUGACUGCCUUCCUGAUGUUCCUGGCCUACCUCUUCUUCCUGGUGUGGCUCGGAGUGACGGCCUUCACCAGCCUGCCCGUCUUCAUGUACUUCAACGUGUGGUCCAUGUGUCAGAACACCAGCUCCGUGGAGGGAGCCAACCUCUGCCUGGACCUCCGCCAGUUUGGAGCUGUGACCAUCAACGAAGAGAGGAAGGUGUGCACAGGAUCCGAGAAGUUCUUCAAGAUGUGUGAAUCUAAUGAGCUCGACCUGACCUUCCACCUGUUCGUGUGCGCGCUGGCUGGGGCUGGAGCGGCCGUCAUCGCCAUGGUGCACUUCCUGAUGGCGCUAGCCGCCAACUGGGGCUACCUGAAGGACGCCAGCCGGAUGCAGAAGUACGAGGACAUCAAGUCCAAGGAGGAGCAGGAGCUGCACGACAUCCACUCCACACGCUCCAAAGAACGCCUCAACGCCUACACAUAAACACACAGCCAGCAGACACAACACACACACACACACACGUACACACACACACACACACACAUACAUACACAUGCAGUUACAGCACAGACUUCCAAACACACACACAAAGACACGAGCAGGCAGCAGAUUAGAUGAUAAGAAGUUAACUUGAUAAAAAUGAAGGCCUCCUCGUCCUCCUCAUGUCUGCUGCAGGUCGCUGGCUGACGUUUAAAAACCCCUCCUCGUGCUCUGUGCACGGAAUCGAACACUGUGACCUCCGCCCUGAGAAAAGACGCUGAAUAGAGUCGACGUAGGCGACACGAAGCAGAAACCAGCGAAGAAAAGACCAAAAAUAAAUGAAGACAACAACCCAAAGACCUGUUCCACUCGGCUCCUUCAGAUUCGGCUGGGGUUCGCGUUUCGUUUC